ACAUCCCCACAUCUGUGGUGCAAAAAUUUAGGAAGAGGUUUCUGUGUGUCUUUGUUGUUUAUGAGACAGGAUGGAUGAGCUUCUGGCUCUGUCUAUGCUGAAGCUUGAGCUGGAAAAAAGCUGUACAGUAAUGCCCUUCCAUAGCUCAACUGCUCAAAAUGGAAGGAAGAUGGACUAUGGAUGUUCAGGGAUCUACACCCUCUGGCCCUGGACUUUCCUUUAACCAUUAUUUGGAAAAACAAUACCUUUGCAGUUCCUUCAUGUUGAGUCUCUCUUCGUUUUGUUCUUACCAAGUUAGGUUAUCUAUCCUCUGAUUCUGAGCUCCAGAAUCCUAGAGGAGGCCCAGCAGUACUCCAGUGAGGCUCUACCAGAGGGCCAAUGGUGGACACCUUGGUCCCACCUAGGUCCACAGUGCCCAAAUACAAUCACUUUGCCUUGACCUGGGCAGAGGGAGGGAGCUUGGCUACUUUACUUUCAAGAAUCAGUAACAGAGACCUAAAAUGGAAACAGCUGAGAAAAAAGAAGCCAAGUCCAAAACAAGAUCCAGCUGGAGGAGGUCAGACCUGAUAAGCAGGCUGACCACAGGCUUGGAAAAGAGGUCAGGCCCCAGGAGUUGGGCCGGAGCAGCAUGGAGUGUUUUUGCCAAGGGGAGAUGAUGGCCUGUGAGGCUAAAGAAAUGUCAAGAAUUGGGAGCUCUGAGGGAUUCCAGCCUGUGUCUCUGAAGCGAGAGGAAGAUGACCAACCUUCUGAGACGGAUCAGCUGUCCAUGGAGGAGAGGGAGCCAGAAACAGAGGUCCCAGUGCCAAAGCAGAUUUCAAGGCUGCCAAGUGUGGUUGAAUCAGCUCUCUACCCGAAUCCCUAUCACAAGCCUUAUCUCUCACGGAAGUACUUCGUCACUCGGCCAGGGGUCAUUGAGACUGCCAUGGAAGACUUGAAAGGCCAUAUUACCAAGACUUCUGGAGAGACAAUUCAAGGCUUCUGGCUCUUGACAGAGAUCGACCACUGGAACAAUGAGAAGGAGAGGAUUUUGCUGAUCACAGAUAAGACUCUCUUAAUUUGCAAAUAUGACUUCAUCAUGCUCUGCUGUGUGCAGCUGCAAUGGAUUCCCCUGAGUGCUAUCUAUCGCAUCUGCCUGGGCAAGUUUUCCUUCCCUGCGAUGUCACUGGACAAGAGACAAGGAGAAGGCCUUAGGAUCUACUGGGGGAGUCCUGAGCAACAGUCACUGUUAGUCCGCUGGAAUCCGUGGUCCACUGAGAUGCCUUUUGCUACCUUCACUGAGCACCCUAUGAAAUACACAAGUGAGAAGUUUCGUGAAAUUUGCAAGUUAUCUGGGUUCACAUCUAAGCUUGUUCCAGCUAUCCAGAAUACCCACAAGAAUUCCACUGAAUCUGGAAGAGGAAAGGGAUUGACGGUGCUCACUGAACCCAUAUUGAUUGAGACCUACACUGGGCUAAUGUCAUUCAUCGGAAACCGAAACAAACUUGGCUAUUCCCUUGCCCGGGGGAGUAUUGGUUUUUGACACUCUUUUUGGUGGAUAAAUACAUCAUCCAUAGCUACAUCAUUAUUGAAGAUUCUGUUCAGCUCACCAUAUUUUUAGAUUGAAAUAAUCAGCUACUUUUAAAUAGUAUCACAUGAUUUUAAAUAUUUAGUAUCUUAGGAGAUCAAAAAGCUUGAUUAGACUGAUAAAUGCACACUUCAGAUCUUUUAUGAAAUUUCUUAAAAUCAGAAAAUAAAUUCACCUAAGUAUAUUGAAUAACAUUAUCAAAUAAAUACCUGAUUAUAAACUCA